CCCUCUUUUAUCCUUCUUGAGCCCUAAUUCCCCCUUCUCCCUCGUCUGCAUCUUCAAUCCCAGAGUUUGGGACACAGCAGCAGAUUCAAGAAAAGUGUUGUGGCAAGAAUAUGUCAGGCGCCGAGGAAGAAAGAGAACAAGGGGAAAUCGUCAUGGAAGAUGCUGAAAAGUCCCCUCCAACAGCACAACAGGAGGAGGCGGUUGUCAAGAAAAAAUACGGAGGAAUGAUGCCUAAGAAACCACCGCUAAUUUCUAAGGAUCAUGAACGAGCCUAUUUUGACUCCGCUGAUUGGGCAUUGGGAAAGCAAGGUGCAGCGAAGCCCAAAGGACCACUUGAGGCUCUGCGGCCAAAGUUACAGCCUACACAACAGCAGACGCGGUACCGCAAGUCUCCCUAUGCACCACCGGAAGGUGAAGGUAUGUGCGGUUCUUUCUCUUUUUGUAAUUCCUGAAGAUAAACAUUUUCUAAAUCAAUUUUCUUUGCCUUAAAUUGUUCUUUGGCUGUAACAUUACUUUGUUUCUAUACUCUAAUCCUUCCUGGGAAAAAAGUUAUGCUCAAAAAAUAUCUUUUGAUAUGCGACAUAAUUAAACGGAUUUAGUUUUUCCAUAAUCGCGGUUGCUCACGGAGGUGGUUAACUAGAUCCGGUAUCCUUGUGUAGAGGGACAUGUGCCGCUGUCGUAAGAUGCAGCUGCAAAUGAAUGAGAAGCAACCCUUAAUCCUCAGGUUGGGAAGUUCCUCCAACAUUAGUGAAAUAAGAUGUGAAAACAUAUUAUUCUAAAGAGAUAGAAUGCACCAUGCCUUGAUCCUGUAAUGUGAGGCCUUCCUGAUCCCUGACUGUUGUUGUAUACUAUGUUUUCUUAUUGAUUAUCAGUCACCAAUGAGUUUACAAUCUAUAUUACAAACUCAAUUGUCUUU